GAUGUGAGGGGAGCGGAGGAAAGAGCCCGGCGAGUACUAAAGGGACAAAGGGGCGCUGACUCGCACCUCAUCCGCUCCAGCAGGUUGGAAACGCGCGUCUGCGUCCUGGAAGGCGGCACCGCUCGCGCUACGCCCGUAAAGAGUCCUAUUUCCUCAACAUGCUGCAUCCAGUCGCCGUCUUCGGCGCCGUGUCCGCCCUGCUGGGCCUGUGUAGGGCCCAGUCGGGCCCCGGCGCCCCCGUCAUCCAGCUGCGUCUCGCCGGGGACAAGCGGAAACACUACGAGGGCCGGGUGGAGGUUUUCUACAACGGAGAGUGGGGCACGGUGUGCGACGACGACUUCUCCAUCUACGCCGCCCAAGUCGUGUGCAAAGAGCUGGGCUUCGUCGACGCCGCGUCCUGGUCGCCCUCGGCCAAGUACGGAAGAGGAGAAGGCCGCAUCUGGCUCGACAACGUGCACUGCUCCGGUGCAGAGAAGAGCCUGGCCCUGUGUGAAUCCAACGGCUUCGGCGUGUCUGACUGCAAACAUUCAGAGGACGUCGGGGUGGUGUGCAACCAGCGGCGCAUACCGGGCUUCAAGUUCACCCGGAACCAGGCCAACAGCGAGGAGGGGUUGCCGGUGCAGGUGGAAGAUGUGAGGAUCAGGGCCACAUAUUCUCACCGGAAGAGGAUUCCCAUCACCGAGGGCUUUCUGGAGGUGAAGGACGGCGGCAAGUGGAGGCAGAUCUGUAGCGAAGGGUGGACGGAGAUGAACAGCAGGGUCCUCUGCGGCAUGUACGGCUUCCCCGCCGAGAAGUCCUUCAACGUCCGACCCUACAAGCUGCUGGCCAAGCGUCGCAAGAAGAACUACUGGGGCUUCUCCGUCAACUGCACGGGCAACGAGUCCGAGCUGUCUGACUGCAAACUGGGCCGGGAGAUAGAGCUGAAGGGCAACAAGACGUGUAGCCGGGGCAUGCCCGUGGUGGUCAGCUGUGUGCCCGGACGGGCCUUCGCCCCCAGCGUCAACGUCGGGUUCAGAAAAGCCUACCGGGUGGAGCAACCCUUGGUGCGACUCAGGGGGGGGGCCAACGCGGGCGAGGGGCGCGUGGAGGUGCUGAAGAACGGCCAGUGGGGCACAGUGUGCGACGACAACUGGAACAUCCGGGCCGCCACCGUGGUGUGUCGAGAGCUGGGCUUCGGCAGCGCCAAGGAGGCGCUGAGCGGAGCCCGAAUGGGCCAAGGCAUCGGGCCGGUCCACAUGAAUGAGGUGGAGUGCUCUGGCUUUGAGAAGUCGCUGACUGAGUGCUACUUCAACCGGGACUCGCUGGGCUGCAGCCACGAGGAAGACGCGGCGGUCCGGUGUCACGUUCCUGCCAUGGGCUUCCACAACAGACUCCGAUUAGGCGGUGGCCGUAACCCGUACGAGGGCCGCGUGGAGGUCCUGGCAGAGAGGAACGGCUCGCUGGUGUGGGGCACGGUGUGCAGCGACAGCUGGGGGACCAUGGAGGCCAUGGUGGUCUGCAGACAGCUGGGUCUGGGCUUCGCCAACCAUGCGUUCCAGGAAACAUGGUACUGGCAGGGAGAUUCCUCAUCUGAUGCAGUGGUGAUGAGUGGGGUGAGGUGUUCAGGAACCGAGCUGACCCUGGAUCAGUGUCUACAUCACGGGAAGUUCAUCGACUGUCCCAGGGGAGGAGGUCGCUUUGCUGCUGGGGUCUCCUGUACUCAGACCGCCCCAGACCUGGUCCUCAGCUCCCAGGUAGUGGAGCAGACCACCUACCUGGAGGACAGGCCCAUGUACGCGCUGCAGUGUGCCCACGAGGAGCGCUGUCUGGCCAGCAGCGCCGACAAGGCCGAGCCCACGUCCUACCGCCGCCUGCUGCGCUUCUCCUCGCAGAUCCACAACAACGGCCAGUCGGACUUCAGGCCACGCGCCGCGCACCACUCCUGGGUCUGGCACGAAUGCCACAGACACUACCACAGCAUGGAGGUCUUCACCCACUACGACUUGCUGAGUCUCAAUGGCUCCAAAGUGGCAGAGGGACACAAAGCCAGCUUCUGUCUGGAGGACACACACUGUGAUGAGGGGAUCCAGAAGAGAUACGAAUGUGCCAACUUUGGUGCCCAAGGCAUCACAGUUGGCUGCUGGGACACCUACAGGCAUGACAUCGACUGCCAGUGGAUCGACAUCACAGACGUGAAGCCUGGCGACUACAUCCUACAGGUUGUGAUAAACCCCAACUAUGAGGUGGCAGAGUCAGAUUACACCAACAACAUCAUGAAGUGCCGCUGCAGGUACGACGGACAUCGGAUAUGGACGUACAACUGUUAUAUAGGUGGCUCACGGAGUUCAGAAAUAGAAGAAAUGUUUCCUGGAUUACUGACAAACCAGCUCUCACACAGGUAGACCUGACACCGACAACAUGGACGGACGGACGGACAAGGGACGCGUACAUGAACAUUUGACAACCACUAGAGGGGGCUGUAUUCUUUCACCUCCUUAGAUCAGUGUUAUUUGUUAAUGAGCUCAGGGCUCCACUGGUACAAUGGACAACGAUUAAACGGUAAACUGCAAAGAGUUAUUGUUAACAACCACAUUUAACUGUACAAAAUGUAUUUUGUUUAGUGUGUCUUGCCUAUGUUGACAUCGAAAUGCUGAUUUUGACCAGGUGCUUAUCAGAAGAGAUGAGGGAAGAUUGAAGCAAAUUAAUUUAUUAACUUACCUACACCAACUAUUGUUUUUUUAAAUUCUGGUUUAAAGCAUUUUUGUGAAGAACAACAUCAUUACAUGAACAAGGGAAAGUUGAGGCUUUAGCUAGUAAUGACUGAAAACAAAUACAAGUUGUUGAUGUUAAUUACUGGAUGGAAACUGAUGCUGACAACACACACCAAGAUCUCCUGUUUCUAGAACAGCUGUGGUACAACCUAUGACAACAUGUAACCACAACCUCAACAAAGUCUGAUUUGUUCUUGCAUUUUCCUUCAGAGCCAUUUUUAUUAGAUUUAUUUAUGUCUAAAGGUGGUUACACAUGCUCCCUCCAUCAGUUCUCACAUUAAGUGAAGUUUCUCAGUCUUAAAGUGAAGCAGAGAAGAAACCUUGUUAGUUUUGUGUUAUCUAUGUAUUUCAGUUCACUCCUGAAAAAGUUGUAUUUAUUGAAUUCUUAUGUCAUGAGUGUAACCGAACAUUUCAUCCUCAUGACUUGCACAUCCCCUGAGCUUAUUUCUCAGUAUCUAUGUUUCGUUAGUAUUGGCAUCAGGGACUAUACCAACAUCAUGGAUGUACUGUACAAGCCACAAGUGUAUGUGAAAAUGAAUAUUUUUUUUCUUAUUUUGUAAAUUAGUUUUUUAAGUUGCAAAUUUGAUGACCCUUCAUUUUAAAAGGGUCUUCAAUUGCUGCCUCAGUGUUUUCAUUUUGUUUGCAUGGGUGAAUGUGGGAAUGCAUUACAUUUUUUGAAAUAAAAAUUAUAAGAGCAGA